GUUCGCUCCGGAGGUUGCCGAGCGCGGACUGCCUGUACGGAGAUUGCCGAAGAGGGCUCCGGAGAUAGCCGAAGGAGGCUGAGGUCAGCGGCGGAGAGGCCCGAGGCCGCCGCCGCAGAGGCCGAGGCGGAGCGCAGCCGUCCCGCGGCGCCGCCGCCCGUCCCGCGCCAGCACCAUGCUUCGACUGCUUGCCGUACCCAGGACCUUAGCUGGGGUCACCCAGUCCUCCAGAGUAUGUGGGCGUACAACUGCAACAGCAGCCAGCAACCAAAUAGAGGUGUUUGUGGAUGGCCAUCCUGUUUUGGUGAACCCUGGAACUACAGUCCUGCAGGCCUGUGAAAAGGCUGGAGUUCAGAUACCUCGUUUUUGUUACCAUGAUCGUCUCUCUGUUGCUGGAAACUGUCGGAUGUGUCUUGUGGAAAUAGAGAAAGCUCCAAAGCCAGUUGCUGCUUGUGCCAUGCCAGUUAUGAAGGGCUGGAAUAUACUGACAAACUCUGAGAAGUCCAGGAAAGCAAGAGAGGGUGUAAUGGAGUUUCUGCUGGCAAAUCACCCAUUGGACUGUCCUAUCUGUGAUCAGGGUGGAGAAUGUGAUCUACAGGACCAGUCAAUGAUGUUUGGCAGUGAUAGGAGCAGAUUUAGAGAGAGCAAACGUGCUGUGGAGGACAAGAACAUUGGCCCCUUAGUCAAAACCAUCAUGACUCGGUGUAUACAGUGCACUCGGUGCAUCAGGUUUGCUAGUGAGGUUGCGGGGGUAGAUGACUUGGGAACAACCGGAAGAGGAAAUGAUAUGCAAGUUGGUACUUACGUUGAGAAAAUGUUUAUGUCUGAGUUAUCAGGAAAUAUUAUUGACAUCUGCCCCGUUGGUGCUCUUACCUCCAAGCCAUAUGCCUUUACUGCACGCCCGUGGGAGACAAGGAAGGUAGAGUCAAUUGAUGUUCUUGAUGCAGUUGGAAGCAACAUUGUAGUGAGCACGAGAACUGGAGAAGUGAUGAGAAUUUUGCCAAGGCUGCAUGAAGAUAUCAAUGAGGAAUGGAUUUCUGACAAAACCAGGUUUGCUUAUGAUGGUCUGAAGCGUCAGAGACUUACUCAGCCAAUGAUCAAAAAUGAGAAAGGAGUAUUCGUUUAUGCCUCAUGGGAGGAUGUAUUGCCUCGUGUUGCUGGUGUGCUCCAGUCAGUGGAAGGUAAGGACAUAGCAGCAGUUGUAGGAGGGCUGGUGGAUGCAGAAGCACUAAUAGCUCUGAAAGACCUACUGAAUAGAAUGAAUUGUGAUACACUCUGCACUGAAGAGAUCUUUCCUACUGCUGGAGCUGGCACAGAUUUACGCUCCAACUACCUGCUGAAUACCAAGAUUGCAGGGGUGGAGGAGGCAGAUGUCCUCCUCCUGGUUGGCACCAAUCCACGCUUUGAGGCACCGCUUUUUAAUGCUAGAAUUCGAAAGAGCUGGCUUCACAAUGACUUGCAAGUGGCCCUUGUCGGCUCUCCUGUGGAUUUGACCUACAGAUAUGAACAUCUGGGAGAGUCCCCACAGAUACUUCAGGACAUUGCUUCUGGCAAACAUGCCUUCUGCAAGGUCCUUGACAAUGCCAAAAAGCCAAUGGUGGUGGUGGGCAGUGCAGCCCUGCAGCGCGGUGACGGAGCUGCCAUCCAUGCUGCUGUUUCCACCAUUGCACAGAAUGCCAGGGCCAGGAGCGGUGCUGGUGCUGAUUGGAAAGUCAUGAACAUCCUGCACAGGGUUGCAAGCCAAGUUGCUGCUUUGGACCUGGGUUUCAAACCAGGAGUGGAGGCAAUUAGGAAAAAUGCUCCCAAAGUAUUGUAUCUCUUGGGAGCAGAUUCUGGUUGUAUAACACGUCAAGACUUGCCAGAGUACUGUUUUAUCAUCUAUCAAGGGCAUCAUGGGGAUGUGGGAGCUCCCAUGGCUGAUAUUAUUCUCCCAGGAGCAGCAUAUACAGAGAAAGCAGCCACAUAUGUGAAUACUGAAGGUCGGGCCCAGCAGACAAGAGUAGCAGUAACACCUCCUGGGAUGGCAAGGGAAGACUGGAAAAUUAUUAGAGCUGUCUCUGAGUUGGCUGGUUUGACCUUGCCUUACGAGAACCUCGAUCAAAUACGGAAGCGUUUAGAAGAAGUAUCACCCAAUCUGGUUCGAUACGAUGAUGUGGAAGAAGCAAACUACUUCAUCCAGGCAAAUGAAUUGGCAAAGUUAGCAAAGCAACAGCUUCUUGCUGAUCCUCUUGUUCCACCUCAGCUCACAAUAAAAGACUUCUAUAUGACAGAUUCCAUCAGUAGAGCAUCCCAGACAAUGGCCAAGUGUGUGAAAGCUGUUGUUGAAGGUGCCCAUGCUGUAGAAGAGCCAUCCAUCUGCUAGAGACUAAUCAGACUUCCACCACCUUCCUCUAGGUUUUUGUUGCAGUUAAAGCUGUGACUGAUACAUUUUUUUUCAAAAUCUAUUUGACAGGCUGUUGUAUUUUUUUUUCUUCCUUCAUUCACAUUUUCAUCGCUUCAAAUAGCCCCAUCAUACUAUAGGACUGUUGUUGUGUCUGAGGCAACAUGCAGCACUCAACUUACUGUACCCAGAGGCAGGGUACAUGAUGAUUGUAUACAAAUAAAUUAUAAAUACCAAGCCACCCCA